AUGCAAGCGAAUCUUGUCAUAUACAACAGCUACAUAGAUAUACUAUUCAAGACUAAACAGAAAGCUAAGGUCGUAAUGGACACGCUUUCGAUUAUGUUUGAGGACGAGUUGACACCGAACAUCAGCACGUUCAACACCAUCAUCAACAACUGCGUCGAGAUGGAUAACCUACGUUACAUGGAGAGGGUGAUUGUGGUCAUGGAUGAAAACAAUGUACAGCCCGACACAAUAACGUUCAACUCGAUGUUAAAACUGGCUGUCAAAUACAACUACGAUGAGUACCUGGCCUUUGCCUUAUACAAGGUGUUUAUUAAGGACUACGGGGUAAAACCAGACCGCUAUACGUUGUCUCUGUUGUUGGAUAUCCAAUUGCAUAACGGCGAUGUACAGGGUGCUCACGAUACGGUUGACCUAUGGAUAUCUCUUCGCAGAGAAGUGACGCCGUUAGUGUAUAUGCAAUUUCUGGAGGCAGAGAGAGACGCGUGCAAGGAAACUCGCGAUCCAGAAAGCGUAAAACGUGCGCUAGCAACGCUAACGCUUAUGGAGCAAAGGGUGGUAUUACAUCCCUUGGACUAUGCGAGGAUCAUUGAGACCACCGCGCCAUCAUACCCUAAAGACGCGUUGUUAAUAUACGAAGAGGUGCUGCACCACUUUAACCGGGAAUACAGACCUAACCGAGAGUGUUUGAGGGUCCUGUUCAGCAAGUGCGAGAAUGCCGAAGACAGGAACCGAGUCAAGAACCUGCUCUUCUAUGGGAGGGAUGUCCGCAAGGGCAUUGACUUGAAUAGCGUUGAGCCUAUUCUGAAGUGCCAGUCGUGCCACAUUAACCACAAGACAAUGAAUGUGCGAGAGUGCAACAUAUGUACCUGCGUGCUGUGUCUGAAAUGCACCGAAAACCACAUGUACAUCCGUGAGGAGCCGAGAAGUCACACAAAUGGCCACGAGCACCACAUACAGACGUUCUACUGUCCUAACUGUGUCACAUAA